UUGCACCAUGCCCGCUCACACAAUGCCCAAACGGCUGUUGCCGCCGCUCCCGCUAGGGCUGCUGCUGCUGCUGCUGAUGCUGCUUUUAUUCGCGGGCUCAGCUCAGCCCGUCAAGGCGGCCGGAAAUGAUGCGAUUUCCGUUGCCACGAACGCCGCCAGCGGCCAUCGUCAUAUCCACUCAGAGGCGCCGUCACUCACGCUGAUGAAACGCGACGCCAGCAGCGAGGAGUCCGACACCAAUGAGAACGCUGCAGCCACCAGCGUGCAGCAGCAGCAGCGCCUGGAUUUUGCAGCCUACGUAAACGAUUUUAAUUUGCAAGCUGAGGCCAGCAUACCGGAGGACAUAUUUGACCAACAUGAUGCCGACAUUGGCGAAGAUGCGGCCGCCCAGAUGCAAUAUGCUGAGCCUGCGGAUGACGAAGCUGACGAGUACGAGGCGGCGGAUAUUAUACUUGAAUCUCAAAGGCCCACUUCAAGGAAUUUCACUGUUUACCUAGCCAAAGAUGCCAAGAUAGUCAAGAAAAAAUACCAUAACAGCAACAGCAACAACAACAACAACAACAAUAAUAAUAAAAACCACUACAGCUACAAAUUGAAAAACAAUAAAGAGAGCAUGCUGGCGAAGAGAGUUGCCAAUGAAGAGGAAGCAGCUACAAAAUCCACUUCCGGUGACGACAACGACAGUGCCAAGGACGACAAGAGCAACAAGAACGAUGAAGUCGACAACGACAGCGAGAGGAAUGGCAAAGGGAAUGGAAAUGGCAAUGGCAAUGGCUACGACGAGGCUGAGGAAACGGCUGAGGACAAUGCGGAGGAUGAGAAGCCAAACGCGAACUUUGACAGCAAAAGUUUUGCGUAUAAAAAAUUUAAGAACAUGCACGAACAGCAAAAUCAACAGAGCCAAAAGGAGCAGCAACAGCAGCAGACGAAGCAGCAACAGCAGGCAAAUACCGAUGGACCUGCCCGCCAGAUGGAGCAGCCAUGGAGCGGUGCACGGCAAUGGCAGCGGGAGCCGCAGAAGCCUGUUGUGGAGCAGCUGUUUGAUUCUAUUGAAAUAUUAAAUGAACGAAAAUUUAAUAAAGCGCCUGGCCAAUCAACGUUGCUAGCAGCAGAGGAUGUUGCCGGCGAGGACAUUAUGGCAAUCGGCGAUAUUGAGGACAAUUUUGGUAAUGAUAAAGUAUUGGCGGAAAACAUUAAGUCCACAGUUGACAAUGAUGAAUCAGCGGUGGCAAAGGAGAUGAUAACGUCUCCACCAGCCACAAGCACCACAAUCACCGCCGCAACAACCACAGCAGCAACAACAACAACAACAAUACAGGCAACAACUGUCGCUGCUGCUCCAGCAACAUCGGCAGCCACGUCGAGUGGCUCAAAUCAGCGGGAUCUACUGGCGCCCAUCGGACGCAAGCCCAAGCGACAUGGCAAUGGCCAUAAUGCCAUGGUCUGGCCCGGCAUUAGAAACUAUGACAAGAAGAACUAUGGCAUAGGCCGCAUUCAGGCGCAUCAACACGAGCCGCACACGGCCGCUGAUUUGGAGCUGAACGCCGAGGACGUAGGUGAGCUGCAUUACUACGAUGGUGAGCAGCAUUCGCGCGGCACUGACGACAGCACCGGCAAAUCGCAAGCCAAUUACUUGACCGGCUAUUUGGGCCACAUAAUAAAUGAAACCAAGCAACAGAAGAAGCAGCAGCAGCAGCAGCAGCAGCAGCCGUCGCAAAGACAACAGGACACGCGUUUCCUAGACGACGGGGAGCAACGGACGUCGCAACUUGAAAUGGAAUCUACAUUGCGUUAUCAUCCGGAUGCUACGACAGCGUCGCCGUCGGCGUUUGAACGUUUUAAGGCUCUGCGGCGCAGCAGUCACCGGAAUGGUCACAAGAGCCACAAGAAGCGCUAUAAGGACUACCUCAAGCACAGCGCCGCGCUGACGGUGAAGCAGCAGCAGGAGCAGGAGCAGAAGCAGGAACGGGAAACACGCGCCCAUGCAUCGCCGAUCUUUGCGUUGGGUGUGCGGCCGCAACGCAUCACGCCGAAACCCUUCUAUGAGGGCCAAGUCAACUACUACGACCAUCAGGAGGAACAGCAGUCGCAGCCCUUGGGCACUCAUCACACGGAAAUGGAGCGUCUAAUUGCCAACGAUAACGACAAUUGGUAUCGUCGCAUCAGUCCAGUGCUGCGAAAUGGCAUCAAGAGCACCGAGCUGCAGAAGCAGCAGCAGCAGCAGCAUCUGGCCAAUCACCAUCAUCAUCUGAAGCAUCAUUAUCAUCAGCAUCAUCAUCAUAAGCAUGCACGGCAACGCUUACCGAAUCCGUAUCAGCGCAAAGCCCCGGCUCAGCCAGCGACGCCACCAACUACGCCACAGCCGCCGCUGCCGCCGCCAAAGCCGCAGCUGGGCCAUCAGAUCACCGAGCUGGAGCAACUGGAGCGCUACUAUGCCAAGUGGCCGCAUCUAGCGCGCGUUCAGUUCCAGGUGUACGACGAGCACUAUCGCGAAUCUCAUCCGGAGCUGUAUGCCGACUAUGAUUCAGACGAUGACUAUGAGACAGCCGCCGAACUGGAGGAGGCGCAGCAGGACCAUGGCGAGGAGGCCAAUCUGCCGCCGUACAUCAAGAAAUACAAUCGACGCAAUAAGCAACUGCUGAACCUACUCGAGGGCACGCUGCCGCCACCGACGGCCACGCCGUUCUCCGGCGUCUGGAGCGGCUCCCAGUUGCAGCCGGGUCCGCAUGAAUCGGCGCCCAUACGCCUGGACGAUGAGUACGUGAAACAGAAGCGACGUCGCUAUCAGCAACGCUACGAGGAUGUCUUUGCCCAGCAGCACAGCGGCACCGGCGGCAGCGACGGCAACGGCGGCAGCUCCACCACGACUCCAGCCACGCUGACCAGCAGCCCGGCAGCGCAGCUUAAUCAGCUGCCCGAAGAAGAGAAGCAAUUGGAUGAGCAUCAGCUGUCGGCAGCCGUUGACUUCUGGCAGAGGGAAAUCGAGACGAAGGCUGUGGCCAAGCCGCCGCAUACCACAUCCAAGCCGGCGCUGUUCAAGCUUCCACUGUACCCGGCCAUAGCAGGCAGCUUUCUGGGCACGCCACGCAGUCGCAGUGCACAGUUUGUGGCAAAUGUUUCGGGACGUGGCCAGGGCAGCUGGCAUGCGGCUCCACCAUCGCCCAUCAGCUCCAACAAUAAUGAGAAUAACCAUAACACGACAGCGCCACCAUUUUCGCCACUCAAUUCGUUUGUUUACCAUCGCGUUGUGGAUGGCAUUGGGGCUGCCUCGUCGCUCUCGUCAUCUUCGCUCAGCCGGAAGCAGCGUCUGCCCUUUGUGGCCAUCACGGAUCGACGACUGGAUAGCGUUAGCUCCCACAAAAUGGUCGGGGAGCCGCACAAAGAAUUCGAGCAGAAUCACUUUCCAAUGCCUUAAGCCGCUCCACACGCCACAGACAACAAUCUGAUCAAUCGAAAUGGAAGUAGACAUAGCAGUAGACGAACAACAGCAAGCACACGUUGGAAAACUAGUUCGAACCAAAGCGAAGCGCUAGAAAUGGCAUCGAAUUCAAUUAAGUUCUUGUACAAGCAUAUCAAGUUUAAGGAGAGGUGGAAAGGGAUCGGGUAAAGCGUAUUUAAAAAGUUGAUAUCUAGAAUUAGGCUAAGCGAGGAAGAGGACGAAAAGCUGGAAACGAGACACAAAUCGGGCCGAUGAACGGGACAGAACAGCAGUGUAUAAAGAUAUCGGUAAUCGAGUGCAAUUAAUCGAUAACUAACGAAAUCAGCUACGUUUCGACGUGGUUCCAAACGGUUUUCCCCUGCUAAUCAAACUUAAACAUAGACACAAAUUUUGCGUAGUUGCUUUCGAAUGAAAUUCUCAGUUUCGUGCUAUGAGAAAGAAGUGGUAAUUCUAGCGAUAAAUAUUUGUUUUCAGUGGUUUUUUUUAUCCAUGCAUAAGUACUCUUGCAUAUUAAACAUAAACGGAAAACGUUUUAGGCAAUUAAACAUAAUAAAUAAUAUAAACAAAAAUAAAGUAUGGGAAAAAAAUCCAAAUAUAAGCUAAGAUUUUUUUUUGUGUAUGAUAGUAAAAGACACAGUCAGCCACAUGAACUGCAAUAGUAGCGACACACAGACACACACAUAGAAAUAAUAUAUAUAAACUUAAACCGCCUGAACGUAUGCAACAUAAUUUGAUUUUAUUAGAAUAAAGUUUCGUCGUUUGGCUGCAAGAGAUGAGAGCAAAUAUAUAUAAUAUGCCCAAUGCCAGACAUUAAUUUGAUUUUGUAAUUUGGCUUUGAUUGUAGCGUGAAAAAAUGCUUUUUUACCCAGCGCCCCCAUUCAGUUCCAAGACUCAGACAAUUUUUCAGUGCACGCAGCAUCAAAUAGGUUUCAAAAUUAAUUCAAAAGCAAAAAACA